UGCGUAAACGCUGCAGGAAGGCGUCUCGUGUAGACGUGUUGGGCGCGAGUGACCCGACACCAACGCGAGACGGGGACGCCACGCCUCACGCGUCACACUGCAACGGCCGCCGCACCACCACCACCACCACGGCACCACCCUACCCAAUCCCCAUCCCCACCGCCGGGCGGCGCUGCCUCCCAUGGCGGACUUCGACGACGAGCUCUUCCUCGACGUCGGGGACGACGGGUUCGGAGACCUCUCCUACGUCUCCUUCUCCGAGUCCAUCGAGCUGGAUCUCGACUGCCCACGUCACGUCCUCUCCCCGGGCUUCGAUCCCGAAACCCUAACCCCCACCCCGGGGUCUCCCAUCUCCUUCGACUCCGACCCCGACCUCCGCGGCCUCUCCCCCUCGCUGACCCGCUCCCCGCCCUUCUGGGACUGCCUCGAGGACGACGCCGCUAGCUUCGAGUGGGAGGAGAUCGCGGACGCUGCCCCCGGCGUCGGCAGCGGGGGCGGCGGCGGCGGCGGCGGCGGAGGGGGAGUGGGAGGGGGAGGACUAGAAGGAGAGACCGACGCCGACGUGUUCGGAUUCCUCGACGAGCGGGAGAUGCUGGGCGUGAUGGAGGGCAUCGACAGCGGGGACGACGACUCGAUCUUCUCUGACGAGCCUCCGUUCGACUUCGGCGAUGACGACGCGGAGCUCGAAGGCAUCUUCCGGAGCGGCGUCGGGUGGGAGCUGCUCCCGGCGUCGCUGGACGACGAGUUCGAGAUUCUGCCGGAGCACGUUGUGGACGUGGGCGGCGCCCCGCCGGCGGCGCGCGCGGCGGUGGAGCGGCUCCAGGUGGUGGCCGUCAGAGGCGAGGAGGCCGCGCAGGGUUGUGCUGUGUGCAAGGAAGGGAUGGAACAGGGGGAGCUCGCCACAGGGCUGCCCUGCGGGCAUUUCUACCAUGGGGCGUGCAUCGGCCCAUGGCUCGCCAUCCGGAACACGUGCCCAGUGUGCCGGUACGAGCUGCCUACUGACGACCCUGAGUACGAGAGGCGGAGGGCGAGGCGCCGUUCCGCUGGUGGCUCAACCCCACAGUUGGGUACACGUACACCGAUGCGAAUUUGAGCUAGGGCUGCUUGGUGGUAUGUCUUGGAUGCAAUUCCAUCAUUCCAUGGAAGCGAGAAACCUCACUCAUUGAAUUCGCAUUAGGAUGUUUACACGCCACUAGAAUCAUACUUCUAUGGUCUUGAAAUUUUUCAGGAUUUAGCUUUUAUGCUUGGGAGUUGAAUGGGAAGAACAAUCAUCUUAACAAUUUGUACAUACAUCUUGUUGUUUCAAUAAUAUAGCAAAUUCUUCCUUGCUUUUGAGAGGGUAGGUACUAGCAUGUUUGUACUGCUGGGCUAACACUUUGCUGACUAUGUAUGAAAUUCAUCGUAAUUACAGAAUCAACAUUUUAAAUGCU